UGAGAAUGCAUUUUGUCAUCUGAGAGUUGUUACUUAACCGAUUUGAUUUAAUAUCUGACAAUUUAUGCUCUUAGAUUCUUGAAUGGAUAGGUCAUGGCUUGUUGAUAGUCGAAGUCUCGCGAGGAAGGUGAUCAAUGCAGGUCUCACUGCUUCUUGUCGUAUCAAGGAUUGUGGGGCGAAUACCCGAUGCCCCAAGUGCCACCAUCUGAUAGACAACAGUGAUAUUCCACAUGAAUGGCCGGGAUUUCCUGCUGGUGUGAAAUUUGAUCCAUCCGAUGUGGAGCUGCUGGAUCAUUUAGCUGCAAAACGAGGCGUGGGGAAAUCGGAGCCCCACUUGUUCAUCGAUGAGUUCAUCCCAACUUUGGAAGGCGAAGGGGGGAUAUGUUACACUCAUCCGCAAAAUCUUCCCGGAGCCAAGAUGGAUGGAGGCAGUGCUCAUUACUUCUAUAGAAUUGCCAACGCUUACGCAAGUGGUGGGAGGAAGCGCCGUAGAAUUGGGGAUCAAGAAAGCGCACGCAUGCGUUGGCACAAGACGGGCAAAACCAAGCCGGUGGUGGAAAAUGGGAUACAUAUAGGUUUUAAGAAAAUCAUGGUUCUUUACGAUACAUCGAAGAGGGGAUGCAAGGCCGAGAAGUGCAAUUGGGUGAUGCAUCAGUACCAUCUCGGGAGCAACAAGGACGAGAAAGAGGGUGAAUAUGUGGUCUCGAAGAUCUUUCAUCAGCCCGAGAAGGAGAGUGAGAAGGUUGGAAGUCUUACUUUGGUGAAGGAAGAGUCGGAUGUAAAGGCAAUUCCUGUAAUCCCUAUGACACCUAAGUUGACCACUACCGACCCUCCUGGUCAGGACCAAACUACGUAUUCGGAUUGGCACUCGGACGAUUAUUUCCUUCAGUCACUACUUCAGGAAACUGAGCAUCUCAACGGAUCAUAUCACGCUUCCUAUAGUUCCCGGUUAGAAGAUGUUGAGUUCACCACUAGCUUGGCUGGAAACACCGAAGCUGAUGAUUUCAAUCAACCGAACUCCUUAUACUGCAACGAGAUAGUCGAGUCUAUAGAUGCAUCUGGUGACAUGAUCGCCAUGCACAACAGAGACACCACUAGUUGUUCUGGAAUAGGCAAGCUUGAGAACUUAGAGCUCGACGUUGCGCCAGAUUUCAACGACUCGAAACGUCCCAUUUUUGCACCUCUCGUGGUCCCUUCAUACGAGCAAUAAGAUUUCGACUAAAAGCUAGAGUUGAUCACAAAGAGAGAUGACGAACAUAAACCUAAUGAGACGCCAAUUAAGGUUGUCGAACUCCCUUUGGUAUCAGCUGUGGAGGUAUGAAAUAUUAGUUAUUAA